CAGCAGCCUCAAACACCGCCGCUGCCUGUCUAACAUACAAACCCCCACUCUAUCGUCAUCUUCCCAUCCACCAGCGUCAACACACCAUGCCGUCCCCACCGCCCCCAGACAGCGCACCAGCAGCCCGCGCAGCAGACCCCAAGCCAGACCGCGCGCGCUCUCGCUCCCGCUCCCCACGCCGCAGCCCCCCGCGCAAACCAAAGAACUACUCGGGCCUGAAAUGGAAGAACGACAAGCGUGACGACCGCAGCCACGACGACAGACGGCGCGACGACCGAGACCGCGGAUACGAGAGGCGCGACCGCGACGACCGCUUUGCUCCACGAGACCGGCCCGACGACCGGCGACGCGACGACCGGCGAAGCGACGACAGGCGGCGCGACGAUCGAGACCGCGAGCGCCGCCCCCGAGAAGACCGCGACCGCGACCGUGACCGCGACCGCGAGCGCAAACCGCGCGAAUCCAAGCCCAAAGCCGCGCCUGCGCCGGCACCCGUGUCCAACGAAGCCAUGAUCAUCGUAACGAUUAACGACCGCCUCGGCACCAAGACCCAGGUCCCCUGCCUGCCCAGCGACCCCGUCAAGGUGCUGAAAGCUAUGGUUGCGGCGAAGAUUGGGCGCCCGAUUCAUGAGAUUAUGUUGAAGAGGCAGGGGGAGCGGCCGUUUCAUGAUACGCUUACGUUGGCGGAUUACUCGAUUAGUAAUGGGGUGCAGAUUGAUCUGGAACUUAAUACUGGGGAUUGAGUGGUUGGUUAGUAGGGAAGGAUGGUUGUGAGGGGGAGGGGAUGGCGUUAAAUUGGAUAUGUAUGUCUGUGAAGAAGGGAUUGGAGGGAGAAAAGUAUGAUACCCCAGUUAGCUAGAAAAUGGUUAUU